AUUCGUUGACGUAUCGCAGCAACGGACCAGAGAGCUCCCGUGCAUGUUUGUCAGAAGCGUGCCGAAAGUGUAGAUAACGUUAACUACUUGCUCAUUAAGUGUCUUCCAGAUACGUUAUAAGUUUUCUUUGACAUUUCAAAAUGCAGCAAGCCACUUCGUUAAGGGCGAUGUCUAAAUUCCUAACAAACGCACCAGCAAGAGGAGUUGUUUUCAGUCAUCUCUGUAAGACUGUUGUCAGUUUUCACAGUUUAAUUCAAUAUCUCUCGCUGAAGGGCCGCGUCUCAUGUCACACAUAAUCCUGCAGGGCCCUGAGCCCCUCUGACAGCAAGAACCACGGACUCAGACACCGCUCUUGAGUCGGCCACUCCUGCCGGAGGCCAGCUGGGCGCCGGGGCCGGUGCUUCUCCGUUUUACCGUGAGCUGUGGUUUUUCGUGCUCAUGGCUGGAGUCGGACUGCUGGUUUUGGGUCUGAUCCUGGCUGUAAUUUUACAAAAGGCUUUUAAAAAAUCUGCAUUCACCCGAGAACGGCCCCCUCUCGUACCGCAGCAGCGCCACAACCAACUGGCCUCCUAUACACCCAGCAACAUGUUUGACAUGGUUCCAGAUACAGUGGGGUCUUCACACAGUGUCACACUGAAGGCCUUCACAAUGCACAUGGAGGAGGUGAUUGAGGGCAAAGUGAUUGAGGAUGAUGUGUUUCCUGUGGGUGAGACGGGUGUAGUGACCGUCUCAGGUCUGUACCCACAGAAUCCAUUACAGCGCAGCGUCAGUCAAUUGAUGGACAGCAAAGAUCAAGAUCAGUGGGAGCCACAUUUCAGACGCCUCGACAGCGGCCUGUUUGAGGGCGAGGAGUUUGUGGACACCAUCAAAGGCUUCAGCACAGUUAGGAAAGAGCACACCAUGUUUACAGACACCAACCUUUGACCUUCAUCAUCAAGACCCUUCAUCUCUGAGAAGCAUGAGAGAUGGAUGGACAAAUUAAACACAGUGAAUUAAACACUGAAAAUCUCAUGUUUAUUAACUUGAACCCAUGAUACUAAUAAUGUGGAAACUGAAUCAUACAAUGGAAAUCUUAAAAUAGGUUAACUGCAGAAUAAAAACAUAUUUGUAACAGAA